GCACUUUUGGGAAACUUCUCAGACCCUUACCACCUUCCCUCUCCCUUUCUUUCUUACUUCAGUUAUCUAUCUAUAUACAGACACAAUUCAUUCAAAUUAUAUAUCCUGAAAUUUUCUAAGAGAUUCUUGAUAUUUUUCUUCGUUUCUUGAUUUUAUUUAUGGACAAAGGAUGGGGUCUCGCCCUUGAGAAUUCCGAUCGAGUUGGGUUUUUGAUAAGGAACCAGCCAGUUUUCGGGCUUGGUUUAAGUCAUCAGAACAAGGGUUUGAUUAUGUUUCCUGUGAGUUCCAGCGGUAGGGAACAGCACCCCGCCGCCUCAUCACCGCCGUCUGGCGGGGAUCCGCUGCUGGUUAUACGUGAAGUGGAUUUUUUCUCGGAGAAGAAGAGGCCUGUUGAUGUCGUCAAGAAGGAAGUGAUCAAUUCGCCUGCUGAAACCACUGCCCGCAGAGAAUUGGAUACUGGUCUGCAACUUCUGACUGCUAACACUGGAAGUGAUCAAUCGACGGUGGAUGAUGGGAUGUCUUGUGAUGCGGAAGAUAGGAGGGCCAAGAUUGAGCUUGGACAACUUCAAGUUGAGCUUGAAAGAGUGAACGCUGAAAAUCAGAGGUUAAGAGGGAUGCUUACUCAGGUGAGCAACAAUUACACAGCGCUGCAGAUGCAGCUUGUGACUUUGAUGCACCAACAACAAAGUUCAACAACUGAUAGCACACAACUACAGGAGAUUGUUGACAGAAAAUCUGAAGAAAAGAAACAGGAAAAUGAAGGAGUGUUAGUUCCAAGACAGUUCUUGGACCUGUCGCCCCGUCUCACCAACCAGACCGCCGAUGAUCAAUCGAACUCCUCUUCAGAAGAAAGAACGCUAUCUGGAUCACCUCAAGGAAACGUGGAGUCGUCGAGGAAUAAGAGGAUUGGGCGGGAGGAGAGCCCAGAAUCUGAGGGCUUGGCAUCUAACAAGGCUCCCAAAUUGAAUCUCGCCAAGCCCGUUGAUCAAUCAACAGAAGCCACCAUGCGGAGAGCUCGCGUCUCCGUUCGUGCACGAUCAGAAGCUCCUAUGAUUUCCGAUGGAUGCCAAUGGAGAAAAUACGGACAAAAGAUGGCUAAAGGGAAUCCAUGUCCACGAGCAUAUUAUCGGUGCACAAUGGCGGUCGGCUGUCCUGUGCGCAAACAAGUUCAGAGAUGCGCGGAGGACCAAACAAUCUUGAUCACGACCUACGAAGGAACCCACAACCACCCGCUGCCUCCAGCGGCCAUGGCCAUGGCAUCCACCACCUCGGCCGCCGCCAGCAUGCUCCUUUCAGGUUCCAUGCCCAGCGUCGACGGGUUGAUGAACCCCAAUUUCCUGGCAAGAACAAUCCUUCCAUGUUCAUCCAACAUGGCUACAAUCUCAGCUUCGGCUCCUUUCCCCACAAUCACACUUGACCUAACUCAGAACCCGAACCCAUUACAGUUCCCAAGAGCCGCAGCACAGUUCCAGGUCCCAUUCCCGCCCCACCCGAGCUUCGCCCCAGUCCCAAACCCGUCUGCCCCUCAAGUCUUUGGCCAAGCCCUUUACAACCAGUCCAAGUUUUCGGGUCUCCAGAUGUCUCAGGACAUGAAUGAAAGCACGCAACUGCCAGGACAAUCAACGCAGCACCCGCAACUUCACCAGCCGACCUUCGCCGACACCCUCAGCGCCGCUACAGCAGCAAUCACCGCAGAUCCCAAUUUUACGGCUGCACUAGCCGCCGCCAUCUCCUCCAUCAUCGGUGGCUCUCACCCGAAUAACAAUAGCAAUGCUACAACCAACAACAAUGGCAAUGUAAAUACAAUAGAUAGCAACAAAGCCGGUAGCAGUUUUCCAGAGAAUCAAUCGUAGUCACGUUCAAUCAGUCAUUUUACCAUACUUGUAUUAGAUUAUGUUCUUGGUUGUUCAUAAUUUGGGGGGUCCAACAUGGAAUUAACAUGUUCAUAUUCAUGUAUUACCAGGGAAAAAGUUUAGGACACAAAUUUAAAUUCUUUCUCAUGGAUUUGUUCCGAAAUUAGAUCAUA